AUGAUAUGGAGGGGGAGGAAGGGAUCAUUCCUGCUUCGUGUGCUCCUUGCUCUCGUGCUCUUUUCUGCACUCCUCCAAGCCUUCUUCAUCUCGAACCUUGGUCAAGCCGGUGGAUCUGAGGCUUCUCGCCGUCGUGCCAGCGAAGGUUGCAGUCUGAACGGGUAUGUACACAGGUGUACCCGUCUGUCUGACAUCCUCGAGGGGUUCGACCGAGUCAAGUCGUACUUCUCCGAGUGGGUCGCAGGCUCGAGCCCGAGGUUGGACUGUUUGACUGACAGAGAAUCACGGGGAGUUUGCAAGAAGGGAGAGUUUCUAUGCCUGGACCCCGGCGCGCGUUUGCUGGAUCAGAAGGUCUUGGACGAGAACAAUGUGACGAGGAACUAUUGCUUCCUCGAACGAAUGUGGUCUUUAUGUCAGCCGUCCAAUUACGCGUCGAGCCGGCCUGACGAUUGUUUGGACAGCGUCACAUCGUAUGGAGUUUGUGGAAAGGGAGAAAACCUCUGCGGGUGGGGGCAGCUCAACAAAUUUUCUCCCUCGCUUCGAGCGAGGUUGCAGGUGCCCAAGGUGAAAUCCAGGUGUAUUGCUCAGGCUCUCCCUACAGGAGAUGUCCAUGUGGUCAUUGCCAUGAGAGAUGCCUCGCCGACCAUGAAGGUCGUCGAGGACAUCGCCCUCAUGGGGCUCACGAACAGCAUCGUCUUCCUCUACAGGAGAGCGGACAGCGGACUCAACGUCGCCGGGACGGUAUCAUCCGCUCCGAUCGCAGGCUUUCCUUGCGGGCUGACAGUCGUCGAGAAGUUGUUAGUUCCUAACAGAGGCAACGAAGCUGCUGCCUAUCUCGCACACAUUGCGGAGUAUUACGACAAUCUCCCUUCCUUCCUCGUCUUCAUGCACGACCACGGCAUUCGUAGUUGGCACAGUGAGCUCAGGCCGAUGUUCAAGAGGACUCGGGCUUUCUAUCUCCUGAUGGCCUCGAAACUCCAAGGAGCGGAUGGGAAACCUGUCUAUCCUGAGCUGUCACAGUUCCCUUCCUACCCGUACGUGCGGCGAUUCACAGAGAACGUCGUCACUUUGAACAGUUGCUACUGCAGCAGGUUGAAGGAGCCUCUCUGCUGGGAUAAGUACACUAUGAACGCCUAUGAAAGGGACACCAAUCGAACGGUUCAUGAUCCUAAAAGCGAAGAGCUGCAUCACAGGUGCAAACGGGUGGUACAGUCCUUGAGGAUCCAGAAGUCAAACCUCUCCCACUCAAACCUCUCCCAGUCUGAGGGCCCGGGCCCGGGACUCGAAGGUCGGCGACUCUUGUGGCAAGAGCCCCCCGAGGCCAUUCAGCAAUCCGACAAGAUUUUCCGGAGGAUUCUUGACAGGCGGGGGCAACCAAAGAGGAUGCCAGACGGCGCUCAGGAUGUGCCGUUCUGGUCCUGUUGCGCCAUGUUCAUCACGCAGGCAAGGCAAGUGCGAAGGCAGCCGAGGCAGUACUACCUGGAAAGCCUUGACGCGCUCUUGUCGACCAACCAACUUUCACACUUCACGGGGAGGUGGUUCGAGUUCAACUGGUAUGAACUCCUUUUUGACCCUGCAGGCGGCUCAGACCCGUUGCGACCGAGACUGUACCUGGAGAUCGACGACGUCUAUGCGGAAAUCUAUGAUGAAAAGAACCCGCUGGAGGAUUUACAGCAGUUUCUUGACGCCUGA